CUGGCUCUGUCGGGCAGGGGCGGGCGGGAGCUCGGCGCGGGACCGCAGGGCCAGCGGGCUGCCGACGGUGGCCUAGGUGGCCGGCAGAGUACUUAGGAUUUCACGUAUUUCUGCUGAACUUAUUAAAAAAAAAAAAAAAGGGCGCUGGGAUGAUGGAUUAACAAGAACAUUGAAAUCCUGUGAAAAGUUUCAAAUUGGAGCACACUGAAUUUUCAUCCUAGUCCAGCAGCUCUGCUGCUCACUUAAAUACAGAUGAAUGAAGACCCCAUUCGGGAAGACACGUGGCCAGCGGUCCAGAGCUGAUGCAGGCCAUGCUGGUGUAUCUGCAAGCAUGAUGAAGAAACGAACAUCCCACAAAAAACACCGGACCAGUGUGUGGCCGAGCAAACCUGUUUCCCAGCCCCGGAGGAACAUCGUAGGCUGCAGGAUUCAGCAUGGGUGGAAAGAGGGGAAUGGCCCCAUCACCCAGUGGAAAGGAAGCGUUCUGGACCAGGUGCCUGUAAAUCCUUUGUAUCUUAUAAAAUACGAUGGAUUUGACUGCAUUUAUGGACUAGAACUUAAUAAAGGUGAAAGAGUUUCUGCGCUUGAAGUCCUCCCUAAUAGAGUUGCAACAUCUCGAAUCAGUGAUGCACACCUAGCCGACACGAUGAUUGGCAAAGCAGUGGAGCACAUGUUUGAGACGGAGGAUGGCUCUAAAGACGAGUGGAGGGGAAUGGUCUUAGCACGCGCCCCUAUAAUGAACACAUGGUUUUACAUCACCUAUGAAAAAGAUCCUGUCUUGUACACGUACCAGCUCUUAGAUGAUUAUAAAGAAGGUGACCUUCGCAUUAUGCCCGAUUCUAAUGAUUCACCUCCAGCAGAAAGGGAAUCGGGAGAAGUUGUGGACAGCCUGGUAGGCAAACAAGUGGAAUAUGCCAAAGAUGAUGAUGCUAAAAGGACUGGCAUGUUCAUUCAUCAAGUAGAAACCAAACUCUAUUUCAGCAAGUUUGAUGAUGAUUUCCAUAUUUAUGUCUACAAUUUGGUGAAAACAUCCUAGAUGUCAUCACGAACUUUGCCAAAUUUGUGGAACUAUUAAAUGUAUAAUUUGUAGACAUAAAGACUUGAUUGCUUUCCAGUUUAAUGAAAGCUUAAAUGUCCCCGUGAACCCACAAUCUCUGCCAGCAGAACUGUUUUUGUUCUGAUUAGUACAGAUUUAUGUGAACACAAAGCAUUUUGCGUAAGGAACUCCUUCCUCUUAAAAGAAGUCUGUCUGUUUGGAAGGGAGUUACAGGCAAGUCUGGU